AACAAGUGGCCGGACCGUUUUGAUUCAAUAUGGCGACCGAAAAGGAAUUUUAAUUUCUGUGAAAAUGAGGAAAUACUUAUUUAACUAGAUAGAAAUCCUUGCAAAGAAGUAACCAAUCUGCCAAUGGCAAAACCAGGAAUGAGGGAUGCAGAGUGUUCAAUUUUUAUUGCAAAUUUAGACUCUCGUGUUUCAGAAGAAGUAUUGUGGGAGUUGUUUCUUCAGGUAGAUUUUGACGACAUUUUUGUAGAUCAGUCAUCAAUGUGCCAAUGUGGUUUUGAAUCUUUUCUAUAACACUGUUUUAAAAAGCAUAUAAUAAACAUUCACACUGGAAUUGAAUAAGGGUAAACACGAAUGUGCAUUGCGUGAAUGAUGCCAUGAGCCCAUGACUAUUAAAGUUUGCUGCGACUAUGUCUACAGACCUGCUAUAAACUCUCCCUACAUAGCCGGGAGUCUCCUGGUAUUUAAUUUAAUUUAAUUUAAUUGCUUUUCCAUCAUUGUGUGAUAUAGACAUAAACACAUACGCACCCACACAACGCAAACACAAACACAAAUACGAACACACUAAACUGAUGGCUGGGUAACCACAACAGCCUGAAAAGCCAAUUACUGUGGGCCCAAAAGAUUAAAACACAAACAUAUAUACAAUUAAAACGCCUAAAAACAGCAGUUCACUGGUUCGGUUAACGUUCUUGCACUGUUGCAUUUCGGGCAGAUAGUUUUAAAUGUUCUUGGAUCAUCACAUAUAGACUUGUGAUCUCCUGUUCUCCCGGUAGUGAAAAAUUUCUCCCGGUAUUGGCAACUGGCAAUUAUCCUGAUUUCUUGUCGAUUUUAUUGAAUUAUCUACGUACGGAUGCGUUUCUGCGUACGGCGAGAAAUAUCUACGCACAGCUGCGUUUCGUUUCAUCCAUUUAUUGUAAUGACUUCAUUUUAGAUUCUAUAAUGUUUGGAAAGUCAAAAUUGAAGUAUUUAUUUGUUAAUUAAUUAAAACACAUCUUCAUGUCGUAUUUUCAGUCCAAGAUAGUGCCCAAUUAAACAUUAAUAGUCAAGGGGCUUCUUGUGCUGCGAGUGUACCUGGCAUACUUAAUCGAUGAAAUACAUAAUCGAUGAGUAUCGAUAUCAAUCAAUACCAAUCGAUAUUUAUCAAUCAUUGAUAUUGGAAAUCGAUGAAUAAUCGAUGGCUUCUUUUGGUGUGACUUUCAUCGAUUGAUCAUCGAUUUAUUAUUAAUUUUCAUUGAUGAAAAAAUCCCCUGUUAAUAUACAUGCAAUCAAACAGGUAACGUCGUAUUUUAAUUAAUACGUACUUUAAUGUCGUAAGAAACUCAAAUGUGAACGGAAUUCAGUAACAAUGGAUUAAAUUAAGUUUUCAUCUAGCUAUAAUACAGAUCAAAUACAUGUGUACAUUCGAAAAAUGAGAACAGAUUUACUAUCUAGCUUGAACAUCCCGGCACGCGGCGAUUAUUUAGGAUAUAAAUUGAUAAAAAUCAAAAGCAUUUUGUCGAUAAAAAUCGAUAAAUAUCGAUGAAAAUUGAUGAAUAUCGAUAAUAAUCGACAAAAUUGGCUAUAACUUUUUGUGACUAUCGAUUGGUCAUCGAUUGAUCAAUGUCAAUCAAUAUCAAUUAAGUAAUUAACAUCGAUUACCAUCGAUUGAUCGAUUGGAUUUCCGAUGAUCGGUUUAUAUCAAUUAAGUACGCCGGGGAGUGUAGCUAGGAGUUUCUUGGCUAAGGGACUGUUUGUUAAUUAUGGCCAAGGGGGGGGGGGGGUGCUGGUGUUUAUUUUUUUAAGGAGUUUAUCAAGAAAUGUACCCCCUAAAAUUUGAUGUUUUAAAAAUUGUACCCCCCAAAAAAAAUCAUGUGAGAAAAAUGCCCCCCCCCGACGAUUUUUUCCUUAGUCCCAGGCCAUGCACACAGUUUUACGUUUUUAAAACAUGUUUUAUAUUUAAUAAUUCAUUAUUCAAAAACAAAGACGGAAAUAUGGAAUUAGCAAGUUAGAAUUAGUUGUCAGUAAUAGUUUUAAUUUAUUUUAUUUUUGCCCAAUACUUUCUUUGUAUAGUAUCAAAGUCAUGCAAUGCAUGAAAUUGCUAGAACUAAAACUGUACCCCCCUUUUUUUCAUCGACUCAAAAAAAUGUACCCCCCACUUUUUUCUGAUUUUGAGAUUUGUACCCCCUACUCUGAAAACCAUCCCCCCCUGGCCAUAAUUAACGAUCAGUCCCUAAGAGCAAUGCAUUUUUUUCGAAAUGCAGUGCCAAAAAGUGAAAUACAGUGCAAUAAAAUGAAAUACAGUGCAAAAACAAUACAAAAAACCCAAACAUUUGCGAGUGACAAAAUAUGGCUGGCAUUUUUAGUAGAUUUUCUAAUAAAAUUGUUUAUAUUAAAUUAAAAUUAUCUAUUUCGCAUGUGAACUACGCACGCACAUGAGUCAUGACAUGACAUGAUUAAUAAGUAAUAGUAUGAUUUCUCGUGGAAUUUGGAAAAACAUACACUCGUGAGUUUUUCAAAGACUUCAAAUUGCAUUCGUCCUUCAGACUCAAUUUGUUUUCCCAGGACGAGCAGUAUUGUACAUUGUUGCGAGAUCGAACUUCUUGAAAAUGUACUUGUUCACAAUACUGUAGUCGUAUGAAUUAUGAAAUGAACUGUAAGUCACCCUGUUUAAAUAUUUGCAUUCAUACGUAAGUUUCUAACCUAUAAAAUGCUUUUAAUUUUCCAGGCUGGACCUAUCAAAAAUAUUCAUAUCCCUCUUGAUAAAGAAACUGGAAAACAAAAAUCUUUUGCCUUCAUUGAAUUUUCGUCCAGUGCCUCAGCCCAUUAUGCAUGGGAACUCUUGGAUGGUAUUAUGUUGUAUAACCGUUCAUUAACAGUUAGACCUCAAAAUUCUGAAAAUGCUGAAACUCCCAAGCGUAUUCCCAGCAACGUGAUGUCAGCAGGUGAUUUCUACAAAGAUUUUUAUAACAAAUAUGAAGAUUUAAAACGUAGACCACAAAGUGAACCAAGAAGAAAUCAAUGGAAUGAAGAAAGUAGACAUCAAGGAAACAGUUCAUUUAGUCAUCCAACACUUAACAGAAGUUUAUCUUCACCUGCAAACAGUGGCAAUAAUGCAUCUCCACAAUUGAAACAAUUAUUGGACAUGAUUAAUUGGAACAAUAGCACACCAAAUAGAAGUUCACCUCCCCCCCUGAGAUUACCAUAUAGAAGUUCAUCACCAUAUGCGGGAUCACCACCAUACGCGGGGUCACCACCAUACGCGGGGUCACCACCAUACGGGGGGUCACCACCAUACGGGGGGUCACCACCAUACGGGGGGUCAGCUCCAUAUUCACGUUCACUUUCUUCAAACCCUUCAUACAGGGGUUCAGCACAUGGGUACAAAUCACCUAGCCAAAACCAUCAUAGAGACUCUUAUCGGCGCUGAAACCAACGGAAUGAUCCAGCAACGUGUGAAGCUAACGGAAUGAUCCAGCAACACCAGAAUUAUUGAUACACAAGAUCGGCACUGAUCAACAACAUAAUUUGAAUUUCAAUCUACCUGUUUCACAAGCUUCUUUUGUUUCCAGUGUACUCCCCGAAUUGGCAAGCACGUCGGAGCAGAUGAAAUAUUGCGAAAUAUGGUAACACUGCAUGGGCUAUUUAUUUAAUGUUGAAUGAACCAUGCAUGCGAUGUUAACUUUUUUAAUCUAACUUAUUUUUUUGACAAGUGUGUAAAUCCUCCAUACUUUAUAGCAAAAAUAAAAUAAUUGUUUUACCAGUUCUAAA